GAUAUAUACGCGAUUUUCUACUGUUAUCACUUCUACUGUUAUCCCCUCUACCACGGUUUGGCGCGUUUUGCGUUGUGCGUUGUGCGUUGUGCGCCGUGCGUCCUGCGUCCUGAAUCUGGCAUCACUUCAGAGCAUCUUGUACGAGACGAGAAGGAAUCUUUUUUUCAAGAGAUACCGGAAUUUAAAAAUAUAAAGCAUACCAGGAGCUGGCCUUUUUGAGACUGCAGCGUCUGCAUUUUAUUUUUCUAUAAUAUUGUAAAUCGAUUAUUGUUGACAUGGAAAACGGUAAAGAGGGAACAAAUGCCGACUGCUUGAUCGAUGAUGCUGCCGAUGAGAUUAAUAAAAUGACGAUUAUUGACGCUGAAAGUAAAAACGAUGUGGUAAAAGCGACCGCGGAAAUUUCGGAGAAGAUUAACGUCGAAGUAGGGGUCAGUAAAAUUGUUGACACUGCGAUCAAUGCAAGCAAACAAGCAGAAGAAAAACCGCCUGCAGAACUUUUGAAAAAAAUCAAGGAACAAGUAGAGUAUUACUUCGGUAAUGUAAAUAUGCAGAGGGAUAAAUUUCUCAUUGAACAAACAAAACUAGACAAAGGCUGGAUUCCCAUGACUGUUAUGUUAAAGUUCAAGAUGUUAGCUAAUUUUAGCAAAAAUGUUGAUGUAAUUCUAAGAGCUCUGGAAAGUAGUGAUCUCAUAGAGAUUUCUAAAGAUAGAAAGAAAAUACGGCGAUCGCCAAAUUAUCCUUUACCAGAAUAUAAUGAGGAAUGUAGAAAAGCUCAAGAGGCCAGAACAAUUUAUGUUACAGGAUUUCCAUUAAAUUUAAAUAUUGAUGAGCUAAAAGCUUUUUUUGAAUCAUACCAGCCAUUUGAAAGAAUUAUGAUGAGAAAAUAUCAAGAUCAUCAAGUUUUUAAGUUUGCAGGGACUGCUUUUGUACAAUUUGAAACUUUGGAUGGUGCAAAAGCAUUCAUGAAUGUAAAAUCUAUAAAAUAUGAAGAUACUGAAUUAAUAAGAAAAUGGGUAUAUAAGAGGAGAUAAGAAGUUUCAUAAGUGAAGGGUUUUCCUUACAGUUUUGGAAACUGUGAAUGGAACAGUUAUGAUAUUUUUCUUUCUUGGAGAUUUGUUGCUUAGUUUUUGAAAAUGAUUCAUAAGUUUCCUUAAAAAUAUCGUUUUAUUUCUUGUGCAUAUGUAAGUCAAUUCUGUUAAUUCACUUUUUAAGUUAUCAUUGCUAUCAGUAAUAGGAGUAGGCCAAUGAAAUUUCACUGGACAUCCUUGGCUGACACAUGUUCUCCAUAUCUGAUAAAUAUUCUUCCACUCAGGGAAACUGUUAUAAAGUUUUCCACGAAUAUAAUGUGAUAAUACUGUAAAAGAAAAUAUAAGUUAUUAAUAUAUGUAAUAUAUAUAUUAAAAUAA